GGAGAUGGCGGCAGCCGGGGACGGUUCGCGGGAGCCGGCGGCCUCGGAGCCGCCGGCGGAGCUGCCUGCCUCGGUGCGGGCGAGCAUCGAGCGGAAGCGGCAGCGGGCGCUGAUGUUGCGCCAGGCCCGGCUGGCGGCCCGGCCCUACCCGGCGACGGCGGCUGGGGCUACCGGAGGUAUGGCUAAUGUAAAAGCAGCCCCAAAGAUCAUUGACACAGGAGGAGGCUUCAUUCUGGAAGAGGAAGAAGAAGAAGAACAUACAAUUGGAAAAGUUGUCCAUCAACCAGGACCUGUUAUGGAAUUUGAUUAUGCAGUAUGUGAAGAAUGUGGUAAAGAAUUUAUGGAUUCUUACCUUAUGAGCCACUUUGAUCUGGCAACUUGUGAUAACUGCAGAGAUGCUGAUGAUAAACACAAGCUCAUAACUAAAACAGAAGCCAAACAAGAAUACCUUCUGAAAGACUGUGAUUUAGAAAAAAGAGAACCAGCUCUUAAAUUUAUUGUGAAGAAGAAUCCUCAUCAUUCACAAUGGGGUGAUAUGAAACUCUACUUAAAAUUACAGAUUGUGAAGAGGUCUCUUGAAGUUUGGGGUAGUCAGGAAGCAUUAGAAGAAGCAAAGGAAGCUCGACAGGAAAACCGAGAGAAAAUGAAACAGAAGAAGUUUGAUAAGAAAGUAAAAGAAUUACGGCGAGCAGUAAGAAGCAGCGUGUGGAGAAGGGAAACAGUUGCUCAUCAACAUGAGUAUGGACCAGAAGAAAACCUAGAGGAUGACAUGUAUCGGAAGACUUGUACUGUGUGUGGCCAUGAGCUGACAUAUGAGAAGAUGUGACUAGUUAAGUGUCAAGUAUUCACAGAUGAAUGAACACUCGUGUAAAUAAUGCUUCAGGAAGAAAUGUGUAUGUUACGGCUUAAGAGCAAGUUUCAGUUAGAGUCCAGCAGGUCUGGUUGUGGGCAAAAUACUGGGUCUGGGAUUGUUUUUCUCUACAACAGGGAUGGGAGCUGAGGGGUGGAAUAGGUUCAAAAGUUAGGUUAGAGCUAAAACUGAGAAAUAAACCAAACCAAACCCUAGAUUGGAAUAGGAGGAAGAGCUUUUAGUAAGGGCAGAAGCAGCUGAAGCAGAUUCUUCUCCCAGCAAACAAGGGACAGUAGUAGAUCCUGCACCCCGGAGGCUAGCCGGGUCUUCUAGAUGCUGUCUCCACGUGAGGGAGUGGAGAGCUGUUGUUGGACAAGGCCUGACUGGACAGCAGGAAUUGAGUCGUGGCAGUCUGAUCAUGUUUUCUGUAUCCUUACAGUUUACUACCAUAGGCCCUAAGGUCCGUGUCUAGAUAGCCCUUUUCAAAUAUGGAUUAAAAUGGAAAAACAGCCA